UGGUUUUUUCAAAAAUUUUAUUUAAAAAUUUCCUCUUUGUUAAUGUUUGGUAUGUUUGUUGAAAAAUGUGAACGUUGGACAAAAAUAAUUGCCAUUGAUAUUAUUUAAUUAAAACGUUUUUUUCUAAUAAACCAUCAUAAUGAGUAGAAGAAUAAUCGUUCCUAAAGGAUUAAUACAAAACGAUGUUACCGUCGUUAUUGAAAUUCCCGAAGAACUCGCCGACGAAUCAGAUUUAAUCGCAUCCCCUGCAUCGAGUUUAACCGAUAACACAGAAAACAUAAAAGUUCAUUGUAAAUCAUCAACAAAGUCUCAAAAAUUAAAAAAUCAAUCAACAAACGUAGAUGCAGAAGCUAUAAAAAUUAAACAAGGAAGAUCGAAUUACACUCAAAAUGAGGCUUCCAGCUCAAAUCAAUCGCCAGUACAAAAAAGACAUUCAAGCUCAUCUACUUCAAAUCAAAGACACAGACAGAGUUUUCAUAAAAAUGAAAUAUUUCCAUCACAAUACUAUUCGGAAAGAUUUCAAAGUGUACCGAGGGAUCAAAGUUUAAAGUUAGAUAAUCCUAUAAAUUUGAUUGCGGCUUUUGAUGUGGUUGAAAAUCAAAAUUAUGAAAUGAGAUGUAACGAUGGUGUAAAUUGGAUGCUUAAUGAACCUUCAAAUCAAUCAUUUUGUUCUCAAUCUACUCAAUAUCCAUCACAAUGGAAUCAAAACCGACAUCAGUUAUUUUGUCCAAUAACUUCAACACCAAAUAGAUGGUUAAAUCAAAAUGAUUGUUUAAUUGACCAACCAUUGGGAAGAUGCAGAACACCCCCACCAUGUAAACCUCAACAAUGGGUUCCUAUAAAUCAGAAUCGAGAUAGUUCUGUGCCCUCAUUUCCUGUUAAGAGGUCCUCAACACAAUACAUAACAAGGAAUCAAGAAAAUUUAAGAGAUUAUACCCCAAAUGAGUUUCCAUUUACGUUAUCACCAAAAUCUAAUCAAUACAUUACUGAUCAUGGUAGUUUACCACCGAUUUCGUCGUCAAAGCUAGGUCAUCACAGAUUGAAAAUAUCAAAUAACCAAUGGGUAGCAUCUUCAAUGACAGAUUCAAAUCGAUAUAUUGGUUCCACAUCGAUAUCAUCUUCUUGUCAAACACCGCUAUCAAAUGGUCAACGAUUAAUGAAUGUGAUUUCUCCUUCAAAAGUUGUACAUGAAAGACAACCAUCAUCAAAUAUUAAUCAUUGGAUGUUAAAUGAUCAAAGCAAUUCAAAUCAAUGUAAUGAAUCACUUUCUUUUUCAAUAUCUAAUUCUACUCAGCAAAGACAAAAACCAUCCCAUUCAAAUUAUCCAAAAUUAAAUUCUUUGGCAACGUCUUCUGAAGGAUUUCAAAGUUCCGGUUCAAAUAAAAAACGGUGUGAUUCUCGAUCAUUUAAUUUAGACAGAAGAAAUAGAAAUUUUCAACCCCCUUUAACGGCGGUUAUAGAAGAUGACGACGUGGUUGAACAAGGCAUGUUUUCUACUAAUUUAUGCGGCGAUUUUGAAAAAAAUAUCGAUAAUAAAGCACUUCAAGGACAAUUAUUCAAAAAAGAUAAAUCUUUUCAAUGUGUACUAAAUGGCGAAAGAAAUUUGACCAGAAUUGUGGUACCGCAAUUGGAUUUGGAUUGCAACGAUCUAAAUGGUAGUUAUAAUAAUUUAAGUGGUUCAAGAUUAAAUCCGAAAUGUCGCUUGGGAUUUGCAUAUCUCGAAACUGCUUACGAAGAGGGUUCUUCCAAGUUUAGUUCUGAUUUUUCGGAUAAUUACGAAUCUAGUUGUGCGUAAAAUGUUUCAACGUGUGGAGCUGUUAUUUCAAAGUAAAAAAUAAAAAAAAA